AUUCUGCCGGAGUUCCAUUAUUUCGUUUCGUUUUGCUUUCAAGGAGUCGUAUCUCUCUAACAACAGAGACAGCACAACUCGUCAUCUUUCCAUUCCAUUAGCUUUCGUUUCGCUCCGUCCAAAAAGUCCGGAAGAGGAGUACCGUAGGGAUAAAACAAAGAACCAGCUACUCUCUUCGGGAUUUGGGGCUCAACCAUAUUCAUCUAGUCGUGUGCUAAUGGGCUGUGCAAGUUGCAGCAGUUUCCAAACCUCUUCUCUUCUACUUCCUCGGAUAACCUCUUCUCGUAUAUCGUUUCCUGCCCAGCUCAGAAUACCGAAAUCAGGGCGCUUGAACCUGGUUAAGUAUAACCUGGUGCUUAGGAAAGCUUUUGAGUUCGACGAAAAUGUCUCCUUAAAUGGUUUUCCCACCACACCCAACAAGGUUUUCAUGCAAGAGGCAAUUGGAGCUGAAUAUGGAGAAGGUUUUGAGACUUUCAGGCCAGAUGGACCUCUAAAGGUUGAUGUGGAGUUUUUGAACGACAGACUGCAAGAAGGCUUUCUUCAACGAGUACGCUAUGCAAUGAAGCCAGAUGAAGCAUAUGGCCUUGUUUUCUCCUGGGACAAUGUGGUGGCAGAUACUCGAGCUUUAAAGUUGAAUGCUUGGAAGCAGCUUGCCUAUGAAUUGGGAAAGGAAAUUCCUGAAAAUGGUGAUGUGCAAAGACUGAUGGUUUGUGCAGGUUCUGAUCAUGUACUCAAGAAGUUUUUACUUUGGGAUGAAUCAGAAAGCGAAGUGGAGAGAUUGAAGUUUAGAUUUUCGCAGUUAUAUUAUGGGAAUCUUCUUGAACUUAAAGAACCCAUGGAGGGGCUCAAAGAAUGGCUGGAUGCAGUUUCUACAUCUCGCAUCCCAUGUGCUGUUGUUUCAAGUUUAGAUCGGAGAUAUAUUGUAGAGGCACUAAGGAAAAUGGGUCUCGAGAAGUAUUUCCAGGCAAUCGUGACUGAAGAAGACGGUAUGGAAUCAAUAGCUCAUAGGUUUCUUUCUGCAGCUGUGAAGUUGGACCGGAAACCAUCGAAGUGUGUGGUGUUUGAGGAUGACCCAAGGGGUGUAACUGCUGCACACAAUUGUACAAUGAUGGCUGUGGCGCUAAUUGGUGCUCACCCAGCGUACGAUCUGGUGCAGGCUGAUCUUGCAGUUGCUGGCUUUAAUGAGCUUUCAGUAAUUAACCUGCGAAGAUUAUUUGCCAAUAAGGGUUCUGCAUUCAUGGACCUGCAAAAGCAGAUUGUGGAGAAAUCUCCUCCGAAAAGGAAGCUUACCACUGAUACCAUUUUUUGAUUCACUUUCCACCGUUCCUCUCUUCGCUCCCUUGCCAAAUUUCUCCUUGUAAUUAAGCAGCUAAUUUUCAGAGCAUUCUUUUGUAUUUCAUGGUGUCCUGUGAAAUUCUUAAAUGAAUCCUCGUUUGCUGUUUAACAUAUAGGUGAAAAAUGUAACAACCAGGGAAUAUGCGUUCCCUUACAUGGGCUAGCUUGAUUUCUUCCCUUCCUUCAGUGUAGAAGAUCCUACUUUGGGGAACUCUAUAUAGUUUAACAUUGCUCUGUUAAUAAAAGCAUCUUGCUGGUUAA